AUGGACGUCAGGCUUACAUUACAUCGUGUGGCUAUUGUUAAAGACUUGGAACCAAAGAAACACUGGAAUUACCUGAUUCAAGAAGGGGUCCUUAAUGAUGACGAUCUGGAAGAACUUAAAGCCGAAAAAACAAGGAAAGCCCAAGCAGAACUUCUAAUAGCAAAAGUGUUACGUGCGGGUCGCCAGAACAUUGAUGUUUUUGUGAACUCUUUGAGCAUUUAUCAGCCACAUUUGUGCGAGUUACUUCAGAGUAACUUACCAGAAAGGCUGCAAAGACAACAAGGUAAUUAUAUCGAGUCUGGCAACUGUACUGAAGUCGUUUUUGUGAAGGGUUCACGUUUUGAAGUGUUACUUAAACGCUGCAUUUGCACCUUUGAAGUGUUUCAACACGUAUUGCAUUCUUCAGUAAAACCUUAGGUAAAGGGUUCCUUCAGCCUUUCGAAACUUAAGGAUAUUAGACUCCAUUUUUAUUUUGGCUCGAAGAGGCAAAUGUUUCCCUCCCAACAGGGCAUGAUGUUUUCGUUUUUUCUUUUAACUUCCUCGCGCGGGUUCCAGAAUCCCUAGGGAUUUUCCCAUCAUAUGAAAUUCACAAAUAACCUGAAACAGGCGCCAACUGUAGCUCAGAGAUACUAAGCUACAAUAUUGAUGGGGAAGUGUGAAGAUCAAAACCAAUUUAAGGUUUAAACUUUGUGUUAUUAUAACGGCUUUCAUUUUCAUUUCAUUGAAUAUAAGGUUUAUUUGCUUACUUUUUCGUUGUUAAUAAUUGUGAUUUUCAUGCCCUUCUCUACCAAAAUUUCCAAAAAAAUGCGACAACUUCCAAACAGUUCUGAGGAUGUUCCAGUGACUUUCAAACAUCACUGAAGAUUUCCUGUGAUGUUCAGAUGAUUUGGGUUGCUGAAUCUAUAUUGCAAGGCUCCAAACCUUUGCGCCAUCUUGCCAAGAUCUAACCUGCACCUGAUGCGUUUACUUCACGAGUCAACUGCCACCCCCUAAUCAAAUUAAGGUAUCUGUCAAAAUUUGUGUUAUCAUGUACUUUACAGGCAAGCAGUGAAUGUUAAGUUCAUACGGUAGUCAUUACUGAAAACGUUACAGAUUUUAAAGACCAAGUUAACACUGCUGUUGUUGCAAAUCUUGUCUUAUCAUUGCCGUGUGGUACCUUUGUUCAAAUCAUCAAGUCAAAAAAAUUAAUAAUUCAUUGAAAACAAUAGUGGAGCAACCGAAUUCUCUAUUUUACUGGAAGUGGUCAAAAGUAUGGGGAUUGAUUCUGCAGCAACAAAUCUUUCAUGGUCUUUCAUCAGUUUGCAAAAGUGCGUGAUUAAAAUCGACAAUAAUUAUUUUGUUUACACAUUUUUACACAGUUGAACUCAAUCGGAAAUCAAAGACAACAAUUUUGCCUCGUAUGAGCUAAAAAGCGUUGAAGAAGAAAUAGCGGAUAUCCUUACUGGUGACAAAUAACAACUUGUCCUCAUCUCAGGUGUCAAGGUUUUUCUCUGUUCGUUGUUGACUUGAUUCAUUAAAAAAGUAUUGAAUUUUUUCUUUUAAGACCUAGCUUUAAAACCUAAGCUUGCUGUUAAUAGAAUUCCUUGAUCGUCUCAUCGCCUAUCUAUUAGCUCCAGAAGUCAGAUAUGUUGCUUGACCAAUCAGGGCAGGGCUCUGAAGGAUCGUUUGUUUUUCGACCAAUCAGACAGAAGUCCAGAUCCUGGAUUAUGGGCAGACGACGCGUAAAGUAAAUGUAUCAGGCAUUAUGCAUAUCUCGGCAAUAUUACCACGAGGAGAGCUAUUGUGAGACUGAGCACUGAAUAAGUAGUCCAGAAUUUUGAGUUUGGGGUAAAAAACUGACCUGUACGCGUGGGAUCAGUGUCUUCAAUUUAUUAGCAGGCAUGUUGCAUGAUCGACUCCUCCUCAAUAUAUGCGAAAGACCAGUUUUGAAAUUUAGACUAGGGUCAACUAAACCCCUCUAAAACAGCCUCAGUAUAAUACCAUAUUAAGUCUGGAAAAGUUUUACUUGCAUGUUACUAAAGCUUGAUUGUGGAAAUUGUUUCGAUUAUUAUUCUACUAUACAAUGAAGUGUUUCUAUGAAUUUAUUCCUUCAUAACUGUACAUGUCAUGACUCACAAGAAUCCCUCCUUAAUGCUUGAACAACCUAAAGGUAUGAUUAUGAUAUCAGCUGAAAAAAUAUCACCAAAAAUAAAGCAACUUUGUUAAAAUCAAUACAUCAACUUUAUAAAAAUUAUAGUAUUAUUUUGCCAAGGCAAAGAAGCAGUAAGUUAUUCCGUAACCACCUAACACAUCUGCACACAGGUAAGGUACAGCUUCAAAAGUUAAUUUUACAUAAAGAUUUUAUGCAUGAGAAGAUUUUGGGCUUCGCUGUCUUUAAGUGUGGAUAACAGCUAGUAUGUUGAAUGUGUAAGCAAUGGUUUUGUAAGGAACAUUAAAGCAACAUUUUUCUAUUUUUUUGUUUGUUAGGCUCUACUCAAGCAACUGUAGAAAAUGUUACACAGCAAAUAACUGGCUUGCAUGUACAUGUUGAACCUGCUACUUUUGUUCGCGAAGGUAGAAUUGUAGUUACUGAAUAAUUUCUUUGUGCCCCAACAUGCUUGUAUUUAAGAUCUUUGCUCUAACUGUCAACAGUCAGUAAAACCAACAGCAGAUUGGUUUUCCUUAGCCUGUGUGGCAAGUAUUUCCUUGCAGUUUUGGAGGAUAGAAAGACCUCCGCAUCCCUCCUCUUUUAAUCUCCCAAACCUCAUCGAAACGCUUGCUACGCAGACAAGGUUUCCUCAAAAAUUCCAUAAGUUUAAAUAUUGCCGGUUAAACUGGAAAAGUUUGUUAGGUCCACAAACUCCAUGCAUUGUGUUGUGAAUUAAGCAUAAGUGUUGUGAAAAACAUCCUUUAUGUAUGCUGUAUAUUAAGUGUCUCAUUAUUAUACCAACUAUAAUAAUGUUAUGACUGUGAUUGGUGAUCAUUGACUGACAAUAAUGUGAUACCAAGGACACAUAGUACAAUUCAACUAAAGAGGACAGCAGUAGCAGUCAAAACAAAGGGAUAACACCAGGAAAUUAGUCAGAAAAAUGUUAUUAUAACUUAAUAUUAUCAAGUUUGCAUGAAAAAGAUUUGACGGUGGUCGAGGGUUGAUUCUGGAAAAACUUUGUGUACCUCCAGAAGUUUUAUAGCUACGCACAUAAUACAGUAAUAAAGUAAUAUUUUUUACCAUGAAUUACUUCAUACAUGUAUAUUAAUGAUCAUUUGCUAUUUUUUUAAGCACUCAGCCCAGUGGAGCAUGAAGGUGGUGAAUAUCCAUUCACUGCAAAUGUGGAAACCAGUAAAAUAUCAGAUCAACAAUCAAGGCACACAACACAACUACCACCAGAUGAAGAACAAUGCUUUUUUGUGAUUCCAACAGAUUUGAGUAAGCUCCCAGCACACAUUCAUCCCAAUAAUGCUGAAGAGGUCUACCCCAUGUCAUCAAAACCGCGAGGAAUUGCGCUAAUUAUAAAUGUUGAAAUUUUUGUCCCCAAUCCUGAAAAGACCAAGAAGGAGGAGGAGAAAGAACAGUUAGAUAAUCGUCAAGGGUCAGAUAAAGAUAUUGAAAUGCUGGAAAAGUUGUUUGGAGCACUUGAUUUUAAAGUAAAAAUUGAGAGAAAUCCAAAAAGAGAAAAAAUCCUUAAGGUUUUGGAUAACAUAUCCAAUGAAGAUCACAGUAACUAUGACUGUUUUGUGUUGUGUCUUAUGAGUCAUGGCUUAGAGGGGUUUGUCUAUGGUGCAGAUGGAGAAAGAGUCCUUCUAGAAGAUGUAUGUGGUUUUUUUAGCAAUUCAAGGUGUAGAACUCUAAAAGGAAAACCAAAACUCUUUGUUAUUCAAGCUUGUAGGGGACGUGACAAAGAUAAGGGUGUAGUGAGGGAUUCACCGGGUAGCCCUGAAACUUUACCUGGUAACCCUGUGACAGAAGCGGCCAUUAGCAGCGGCAGUGCUGAUGGUGAGGAUGACGUUGCCGACCGAGGCUUUCGUUUUUCAAUUCCACAAUAUAUUCCCGACCAAGCUGAUAUGCUUAUGGCAUAUUCAACUGUCAGUGGCUAUGCUUCAUUUAGAAACCCACGUGACGGAAGCCGUUUUGUCCGUUGCCUUGUAGAAGUGUUCCGCGAAAAGGCAGGUCAUGAAGAUGUACUGAGCAUGCUCACUAUGGUGAAUAACAGCAUCAGCAGCAUGGGUGAAGUUGAUUCCAAACAAGUCGGACAACCAACUUCAACCCUAACAAAGAAGCUGUUCUUUUGGCCAGGGCUGUAA